AAGCAGAAGGGAGAACUAGAAACUCCAGUGUUGAAAAUCAAAAUGGCGUACUGUUUCUAAUUAGAUAUGAAACGUAUCGGAAAAGAUUGUUGGAAAGAAACACGAUGGUUGAGACUAAACACAGGAUGAAGAAAGACAAAGACAAUCACGUAGACCUGUAUGUUGAAUGCUGGUCAAAAUUUUACGAUGCCGAUGGAAACUCUGUCACAUUAACGACGACCACUGCUGGCCCGGUUACUUCCACUACACCAGGUGGCCUCAGCACCAAAAAACCCAUCGGCGCAAUACCAAAUGCAAUGGUGUACAUAAUAGGAGGCGCUGCCGUUUUGCUUCUCCUCUUGUGCAUGUUUUUUAUCAUAUGUAUGGUCAUGUCUCGGAGAAACCGUAGUGAAAGAAGGAGACGGAAGGCAGCCGAGGCGGAGUCCAGUGUGAUGAAGACAAACCUGAGCAGUAUAACUGACAAAGAGGAUAACUACGCCGAGCUUUCAAUGGGAGAUCCAACGUACCGGGAUGGUCAUGUUGAACUUCCGAGUAGAAAGAACAGGAACAGGUUAGGAGGAGUAUCGAAUGGCCUCCAGACGGUGAAACGAUUUCUUAGUGAAGAGGGCAAUCAACCAACCAUUGCACAACCAUACGCUGCAACAAGGGAACCAACGAGGCGGUGCCCACUUCCGGCUAUACCGGAAACUGGACAAAAAAGUAACAGUUUUCCGCGAUCACGAGAACAAAGUGAGAAACGGCUUUCGUAUAGAAACCCGGAAUACGAGGAAAUCGGACCCGAUAAUUUCAGAAGGAGUCAUGUUUAUAACCCGUUGGAAAGUUCGUUAAAGGUGACAGGCGCAGGAAGAAGUACAUACGAGUCUUUACGUCAGAACACACUGGCACCAAUUCCCGGCUCAACACGGAGUCUUACCAAGGCAACAAAUAUGGAAGACAAUUACUUUAUCGUGGAAAAGGAAGGCGAUGGUUAUACCAAAGUGAUGAAAGAUACUACCCCAGUUGACGGAGCGUAUUUUAUGGUUGAAAAGGUGACCGAUAUAACGUUUGAUCCCCGCUCACCCGAUAACGAUGACAAUGUCGGUAUCAAGCUUAUACCCUCUUCACCUCAGACGCCUGGUGACGAGGACGCUGAGAAACAGCCAAUGUUAGGCACAGCGAAUCCGGAAUACGGGAAAGCGACUGGGGGAUCUGAAAAUAACUAUUUCCUGUUGGAAAAAUCCAAUGGUACAGGACCUUCUGAGGCUGAUUAUCGGGACUACGUGCAGCCAGUGGACAAACAGCGCAACUCAUACAUCGAUAUUCUUCAAUGCCAUGAUAACUUUGUUGACCGUCAGGCGAGCGGCGGCGUCAUUUGACUAAAACGUAACCGUCGUAAGACAUGAUAUUGUUACUGCUGGUUCCUUUGAUAAAUAUGUAAUUACUUGUGUUCAUUAAUGUGGAUAUAUAAUGCCAAAUGUCUGAUUGUGUAGGUAAAUAUGUUCGAAUAAUUGUAUCGUGAGUUAUCACCUUCCAUCAAACUAUCGGAUGAAUGAAUAUAUCUUUAAACAUUGACGAUGAUAACAUUGAAGUUAUUUGAAUUCAAGAGCUUUCGUGAUAUUGAUGACAGAGGCUAAAUCCUUUCUUUGCCACACAAGCGUAUUGUAGACGUCUUGUGUUUUACCGCACCAUUAACUUAUAAAAAUGUGUUGUUUGUGUGCUGCUUGGUUUAGAUUGACAGUUUUGUAGCAGACUUUUACCAUGCUAGAUUUUCUAGAUAUGCAAGUAUGGAGAUAAAGUUCAAAUUUACUCAAUACUGGCGAGUAACUACAAGCCAAUUUGUGAUUGGAAGCUAUUACAACACGUACAAAUAAGCCCGUUUAUUUGUCACACUGAAUGUUAAAAAUGUGUUAUGUUUGACAAUGAUGAAGUGUCUAUCAAGAUAUAGGAUGUACGACUCAUUCCCCAUGAAAAGGAUUUCUGACCAUUCUCAUAUAUUUUUCAGGUACCUUUAUAAUACAUAAAUUACUCACACGUUUGUCAUUUUUGUCGUCCCUAAGGUCUGUAUUUAAAGAAUAUUUAUCAUAUUUUACAGGUGUGUGGACAAACAAGGUAUUCAGAGAAUAUGUCCGUAUCUUGACAAUAUAUUUAUAUAAUUUUGACGUUAUAUAAAAUAAAUUGGUGUGCCAUGA